GCACUUAAGUAGCUGCGGGCCGGGGCGAGGAAGGAAGGAGGGAGAAAGAUCCGGCGGCUGCCGACCCGCUCAGACGCGGACGCACAGCCGACCUGCCCGCACCAGCCCUCGACGGCGCCAUGCGGGGCUCCAGCGUGACUCUGUGGCUCUUCCUGGCUCUGCGCACCGUGCUCGGCGGCAUGGAGGUGCGGUGGUGCACCACCUCAGACCCAGAGCAGCAGAAAUGCAGCGACAUGAGCAAGGCCUUCCAGGAAGCGGGUAUCCAGCCCUCCCUCCUCUGCGUCCAGGGCACCUCGACGGACCACUGCAUCCAGCUCAUCACGGCCCAGGAGGCCGAUGCUAUCACCCUGGACGGAGGAGCCAUUUACGAGGCAGGGAAGGAGCAUGGCCUGAAGCCCGUGGUGGGCGAAGUGUAUGAUCAAGAGGUUGGUACCUCCUAUUACGCGGUGGCUGUGGUCAAGAGGAGCUCCCACGUGACCAUCAACACCCUGAAAGGCGUGAAGUCCUGCCACACGGGCAUCAACCGCACGGUUGGCUGGAACGUGCCUGUGGGCUACCUGGUGGAGAGCGGCCGCCUCUCGGUGAUGGGCUGCGACGUGCUCAAAGCUGUCAGCGACUAUUUUGGGGGCAGCUGCGUCCCAGGGGCAGGAGAGACCAGUUACUCGGAGUCCCUCUGUCGCCUCUGCAGGGGUGACACCUCUGGGGAAGGGGUGUGUGACAAGAGCCCCCUGGAGAGAUACUACGACUACAGCGGGGCCUUCCGGUGCCUGGCGGAAGGGGCAGGGGAUGUGGCCUUUGUGAAGCACAGCACGGUGCUGGAGAACACCGAUGGGAAAACCCUGCCCUCCUGGGACCAGGAGCUGCUGUCACAGGACUUUGAGCUGCUAUGCCGGGAUGGCAGCCGGGCUGACGUCACCGAGUGGAGGCAAUGCCACCUGGCCCGGGUUCCUGCUCAUGCCGUGGUGGUCCGGGCUGACACAGAUGGGGGCCUUAUCUUCCGGCUGCUCAACGAAGGCCAGCGUCUGUUCAGCCACGAGGGCAGCAGCUUCCAGAUGUUCAGCUCUGGGGCCUACGGCCGGAAGGACCUGCUGUUCAAGGACUCCACCUCGGAGCUCGUGCCCAUCGCCACACAGACCUACGAGGCCUGGCUGGGCCGCGAGUACCUGCAUGCCAUGAAGGGUCUGCUCUGUGACCCCAACCGGCUGCCCCACUACCUGCGCUGGUGUGUGCUGUCUACUCCCGAGAUCCAGAAGUGUGGAGACAUGGCUGUGGCCUUCGGCCGGCAGAGGCUCAAGCCCGAGAUCCAGUGUGUGUCAGCGGAGUCCCCCCAGCACUGCAUGGAGCAGAUCCAGGCCGGGCAUAUUGACGCUGUGACCCUGAGGGGCGAGGACAUUUACGCGGCGGGGAAGACAUACGGCCUGGUUCCCGCGGCCGGGGAGCAGUAUGCCCCGGAGGACAGGAGCAACUCAUACUUCGUGGUGGCCGUGGUGCGGCGGGAUAGCUCCCACGCCUUCCCCUUGGACGAGCUCCGCGGCAAGCGCUCCUGCCACUCGGGCUUUGGCAGCCCUGCGGGCUGGGACAUCCCCGUGGGUGCCCUCAUCCAGAGAGGCUUCAUCUGGCCCAAGGACUGCGACAUCCUCACAGCCGUGAGCGAGUUCUUCAACGCCAGCUGCGUGCCCGUGAACAACCCCAAGAGCUACCCACCCUCACUGUGCGCACUCUGCGUGGGGGACGAGCAGGGCCGCAACAAGUGCGUGGGCAACAGCCAGGAGAGGUACUACGGCGACAGCGGCGCCUUCAGGUGCCUGGUGGAGAAUGCAGGUGAUGUCGCCUUUGUCAGGCACACGACCGUCUUUGACAACACAAAUGGCCACAAUUCUGAGCCCUGGGCUGCCGACCUCAAGUCGGAGGACUAUGAGCUGCUAUGUCCCAAUGGGGCACGGGCUGAGCUGUCCCAGUUUGCAGCCUGCAACCUGGCACAGAUACCGCCCCAUGCUGUCAUGGUCCGGCCGGACACCAACAUCUUCACUGUGUUUGGACUGCUGGACAAGGCCCAGGACCUGUUUGGAGACGACCACAAUACGAACGGGUUCAAAAUGUUCGAUUCCUCCAACUAUCACGGCCAAGACCUGCUUUUCAAGGAUGCCACGGUUCGGGCGGUGCCUGUAGGGGAGAAAACCACCUACCGCGACUGGCUGGGGCCCAACUACGUGGCAGCUCUGGAAGGGAUGCUGUCUCAGCAGUGCACGGGAGCAGCGGUCGCUGCCCCCGGGCGCCCCCUGCUGCUGCUGCUGCUCCCGCCGGCCCUGGCUGCUGGCCUCCUCGGGCCGGCGCCCUGAGCGCUUCCGGGCCUGCCUCGCCCGCGCUCGGGCGGAGCCAGUUCCGCUGGGAAGGUCGUUUAACACCCGCGACAGGACAGGGCCCGUCAGCAACCUCAGAGCGCCCCGGGUCUCCGCCCCGGCCCGAGAAGUUUCUCUGAUUGCUUCGCAGCGGAAUAAAGAUGAUGCUCGGAAAAGUCCCCCGACCUUGAGCUGGGCGGGCGCCGGCGCCUCCUGCGGGAGCCCCGCCGCCCACGGCCACCACCUGGC